AUGACUGACUACAGAAACCCUCUCUCUGUGAACAUUCCAUACGAGUUCAAAUCUCCUCAGGACUAUCCUACCGAGGCUGUUGCAGCCCGAUUCCAGGCUUACAGAGACAUCCUCAAGUCAUUGAUAGCAUACCUCGAUCAAUAUGCCUCGGUCCAAGAGGAGAUCGUUCGUCAGCAAGUUCGCCUUCAGCAGGCUGUUGGUGCUUCUCUAGACGCACCAAUUGAAACGAAGGCUCAUGGGUCUAGUGCCCAAAGCCAUCGAGCUAAAGAUCGAGCUCUGGACGAAGAGGCUCUCAGUGCCUUGAACCAGUUUUUUCUCCCCAUCGGAAACGGUUCCAUUCAAGAUAUUCCCACGAUCUUCACAAAAUUCCAUCAGCAGAACGUCCAAAACGGCAGACGCACUUUGAAGGAGAUCCGUCUGACCAUCAUCCCUAAGCUUGAGGAGUUGCGCAGAGAUCUUUUGCUGAAAUUGAAGGAGAUUAAGUCAUUGCAUAACGACUUCGAUAGUAAGUUGACUAAGGAAAUAAGCAACACGGGCUCUAUGUUAGCUCUUUACACACAUUCAAUUGACCUUGCCAAUCGCUUAGAUAUGGCUGCUACAGUUGCUUCGAAGGCACAUCAUGAUUCUGGAAACGUCGCUGAGAGUAUAAAAAAAGACCCCUACUUAGCAAAACUCAAAUUGCGAUCACAGCUCAAGGCUCAACUAAAUGAGGAGCACUAUCUUCAUCGAGCAUAUGCAAACUUGCAAGACUCCAGUGAACAACUCGAGGCCAUUGUUGUAAAGGAGAUUCAGACAUACCUAGGUCACUUUCUCGGCCUAGUAGAAGCAGAAAAGAGCUCUGUUUCUGACUUCUUGGUGCCAACUUUAACAGAGGGAUUCUUGGCCAAAGAGCCAAACUUUGAAUGGCAAUCCUUUGUGCAAAGAAACUUCCCUAAAUCCUCCAGCUUGUCAGGUCGCAAAGUUUCCGGGAAAUUUAUUGACCUCUCAUUUCCUGCAAGAUCGAUGGCUGAUCUUAGCAUUCCUCAUUACGACUCGCCACUCAGCGUGCCUAUCAGACAAGGCUACUUGGAGAGAAAAUCUAAGUUUCUCAAAUCCAACACUCGUAGUUACUACGUAUUGACGUGCAGCUACCUUCAUGAGUUCAAAUCGAGCGAAGCCAAAGACCUUAGGAAUGGUCCUUCAAAUUCAAUCUCUCUAGAUUACUGCCUUGUAUCUGAACACUCAAAGGAUGUCGGAGCUUGCAAAUUUGACUUGUACUCCAAGACUCCAAACAGUUUGAUGCAUCGUAGUCACACCUCUGUCUUCAAGUGUGAGACCCCGCAGGAAAUGAAAGAUUGGCUCAAUGAUAUCAAAAUCUUGACAUCACUUCCAGGGCCAGCAGAGAGGGCAAAGCGUAUGAGCAAGGUUCUUCUCGCUAACACAGCUUUAGAAAGGAAAACUUCCCGCGUGUCCAGUCUCUUGUCUGCUCGCACAAACGCAAUGUCUAUUAAAUCUGGCCACUCUGCCGUUCCCAAUAACGGUCUCAACUCGAAGAAAAGAAACUCUAUAGCUUCCAGAAAUGAUUCACUCAUGUCCAGCGCACAGAAUCAUAGACUUUCGUCAACCUUCUCGAACAGAAACCCAUUAUCACAACUGGUUUCGGACCCAGUAGAAAAUGGUGAUGACACAGUUAACACUUCGAGGGAUGACAGGCAUUUCAUUCGCGAGGACUCAGUUGAUGAAAUGGGAGAUCUCACGAUUAAGACACGUAAAACCCAAGAUGCAAAUGAAUUACCUAGUAGUACCAGGACUGAUCCCCAGCUUCAUCUUCCUGGUAUCGCUGUAAAUUCACCAUUCCAAAAUGGUGGUGCAUUGAACAUGGCGCAAGUCUCGAAUGGAAAUACGCAACUGGCAACACAGAACCAGCAAUAUUACUUAAACCAGGUCGCUCCACAGCCUCAACAGUUCUAUGACCCAAUUCUGCAACAGUUCUUCACUAUCAAUGCUAUUCCAGCUCUGCAAGUUGGUCAACCACAAGGUCACCUCGGGCAACAACAACAAAUUAAGACACCCAAUGGCGUAAACCCCAUGCCACAAUACUUCCCAUCAUCACCACAACCUAUUCAAACAGGCAUGUUCGCCCCUGCUUCCCCCAUUCUUGGCUAUGGCUCUCAGCAAACGCAAACGCAGCCUCACCAAGAAGAAAAUAGAAGUUCAGGUACUGCUCCGUAUCCUGUUCAAUUCGGUGAAUCAUUGAAUAUGGAGCCAUCAAACCCCAAGCAUAACAAUGAUGUCAAAGACUCUCUGGAGUUCAAGGAUCAAGAUGUGUCUCAGUUGACGGAUAAUAUUGUGAACCUCAAGACUGAGGAUCUUAGCACUACCCACUAG